AUGGAAGAAGAGCUCAAGAGAUUGAGCAAGAGCUUAGGAGGAUUCUGCAAUCAUCUUCAAAGCAGCUGCGAUGCCUUCAAUCUCUCUCUCAAUCGUCGUCCCAUUCCUCUAGAUUCGGCUUCGUCUACUUUCAUCAAGAGCUUGAAUCGUCGAAUCUCAACCACAGGCUCCGAGUUGAAUUUCCUUGAUUCCAUGUCCUUCGGUACUGUCUCCUUCGAGGAGCUUCUGGGUCAUUGUAAUCAGAUCUAUAGAAAUAAUCAAGACGAAAUUCUGCAUCUUCAGGACCGACUUACAGACUUUGGCUAUGUUCCUGAAACUGAGAUUGAUGAAGAUAGAGAUGAGGAAGAAUCUGAUGUUGGAGAAUUUGGUCAUGAGUAUUCAAAGCAUUCGGAUGAUGAUUUCGAGCCUCAUUCGUUGCAACGUUCGAUCAUAAAAGGAUUAGACGAGGACGAUCUUCUAGAUGAUUCACUAAAUUUGAAGAAUCUUGGGCUUUCAGAUGCUUGUCUUGCAACUUUAGCUUCAAAAGUCAAUGAUAAUGUGAACGAUCCUGCCACAUCUUUGGAAGAAUCAGUGAAGGGUAAACCAUUUGACACAAGUGCAUCAUUUUUACCUGCUCCAAAGGCGUCAGAGCAUCCCAAUGAAGAUGAGUACGCAACACUAGAUAUGGAUACAACUUCAGUGCAUACAAUAACGUUGAUAAAAGAAGAAUACGAGAGCCUCCCCUCUUACAUGAAGUCUCUAGCAUCGUGGGAGGAUCUGGUCAGUGCUGUGGAGAAAUUCAACUCGUUCCUUGGUAGCAAGAAGAAAACAAAGGGUACCUACUACUUCCGCGCAGAUGAGAUCCCGACUCUAGGACUUGGCCAUAAGGAGAAAGCAUACAUGGUGUUGCUGACGCGGAUGAAGAGACUUGUGGUUGAGACAACAGACGCUGUUGUAUCCUAUAGAGUCGCAUAG